UUGAUUUUUCGUAAGCUUCUCGCGGCUUCAGGAGCAGAAUUAUUUUCGGUACGCGUGGGUGAGGGAGGUACGCCUCGAUAGGCUUUCGCCCUGAGUUAUUUUCGACACCUUUGCGCCAAUAUUCCCCGGCGUUGUUAAACCGGAGAGGGGUGUCGGUGAGUAGAAAAAAAUAAGAACAGUCCACCGAGAAUCGAGGAGUCAAGUCUUCUAGAGAUAUAGGAUAGGGAUUCGUGGUGUGUCGGUGUGUGUCGGUGUGUGUCGGUGUGUCGAUGUGAGAUACUUAUUGCAUUGCCCGCGGUAUCGUCCGGUGGUGGGGUUCUCGUCGCUCGACGGCAGGCAGCGGCAGCGGCGGCUAAGGAGGUUAGAGUGGGGAUAAGUUUUGUCAGGCAGUGGUCCGAUUGUCAGAUUCUAGGCAGAGGGGUCAGCGCGAGGGCAAACGACGACACGAAAGGUUUUCUGGGCUUGGCGGGGGCGUCAAGAAUGAACGACAUGGAGGCAUAUGGGGAUGGGUACAUGGAACCCGAGGAGGAGUGGGAACGCGAGGGUCUCUUGGACCCGGCCUGGGAGAAGCAGCAGAAAAAAACUUUUACUGCAUGGUGUAAUUCACAUCUUCGAAAGGCUGGAACUGCGAUCGAAUCAAUCGAAGACGACUUCAGAAAUGGGUUGAAACUUAUGUUGUUACUGGAGGUAAUAUCCGGAGAGACCCUCCCAAGGCCAGACCGCGGCAAGAUGCGUUUCCACAAGAUCGCUAAUGUCAAUAAGGCUCUCGAUUACAUCGCCAGCAAGGGAGUCAAACUUGUCUCUAUUGGCGCUGAAGAAAUCGUUGAUGGUAACCUGAAGAUGACUCUGGGAAUGAUCUGGACCAUCAUUCUUAGAUUUGCAAUUCAGGAUAUCUCUGUGGAAGAGAUGACUGCCAAAGAGGGACUUCUACUUUGGUGUCAACGAAAAACGGCACCUUACAAAAACGUCAACGUCCAGAACUUCCAUUUGUCAUUCAAGGAUGGAUUGGCAUUCUGUGCUUUGAUCCAUCGCCAUCGCCCUGACCUCAUCGACUACAACAAGCUAAGCAAGGACAAUCCUCUGGAAAAUCUGAACACCGCCUUUGACGUUGCUGAGAAGUACCUCGACAUCCCACGCAUGUUGGAUCCCGAUGAUUUGAUCAACACCCCGAAGCCGGAUGAACGUGCGAUCAUGACCUACGUUUCCUGCUACUACCACGCGUUCCAGGGCGCCCAGCAGGUCAACAUGAGAAAUACUGCUAUGCCCGACGAGAGAGCAGUGAUGACUUAUGUAUCGUCAUACUACCAUUGCUUUAGCGGUGCGCAAAAGGCGGAGACAGCUGCCAACAGGAUCUGCAAGGUUUUGAAAGUAAAUCAAGAAAAUGAGAGGCUUAUGGAGGAAUAUGAGCGAUUGGCAUCAGAUUUGCUGGAAUGGAUAAGGCGAACUAUGCCAUGGCUGGCUAGUCGUCAGACAGAUAAUUCACUGGCGGGUUGUCAGAAGAAACUAGAGGAGUACAGGACCUACCGCCGUAAGCACAAGCCACCGCGUGUUGAACAGAAAGCAAAACUUGAAACCAAUUUCAAUACUUUGCAAACUAAACUAAGGCUGAGCAAUCGUCCUGCUUACAUGCCUACCGAGGGCAAAAUGGUCUCGGACAUAAACAAAGCAUGGAAGGGACUUGAACUUGGAGAAAAAGCGUUUGAAGAAUGGCUUCUGUCAGAAAUGAUGCGUCUCGAGCGUCUUGAGCAUCUUGCCCAAAAGUUCAAGCAUAAGGCAGAUGCUCACGAAGAUUGGACUGCUGGCAAAGAAGAGAUGUUGACAUCUCAAAUCUUCCGCCAGUGCAAGCUUAAUGAAUUGAAGGCGCUGAAAAAAAAACACGAAGCCUUUGAAUCUGACCUCGCUGCACACCAAGAUCGAGUGGAGCAAAUUGCUGCCAUUGCUCAAGAGUUGAACACUCUGGAGUACCAUGACAGUGCAUCGGUCAACGCAAGGUGCCAGCGCAUUUGCGACCAGUGGGACAGGCUCGGUACCUUGACCCAACGCAGACGUCAGGCUUUGGAUGAAGCAGAACGAAUUCUCGAGAAGAUCGACGUUCUGCAUUUGGAAUUCGCCAAACGUGCUGCGCCAUUCAACAACUGGUUAGACGGAACUCGCGAGGAUCUUGUAGAUAUGUUCAUUGUUCAUACAAUGGAGGAGAUUCAAGGUCUUAUGGAUGCCCAUGCAGCAUUCAAAGCUACGCUAGGAGAAGCAGACAAGGAAUACAACUCCAUUGUUGGUCUCGUUCGUGAAGUUGAGUCGAUAGUCAAGCAGUUCCAGAUUCCUGGUGGACUUGAGAAUCCGUACACUACCUUGACGGCAUUAGACCUAACUAAGAAGUGGAGUGACGUUAGGCAACUGGUACCACAACGUGACGGUACUUUAGCUGCUGAGUUACGCAAACAGCAGAAUAACGAGAUGCUACGUCGGCAAUUCGCCGAGAAGGCCAAUGCUGUCGGACCUUGGAUGGAACGGCAGUUGGAUGCUGUGACCGCUAUUGGUCUCGGCCUUCAGGGCACUCUUGAAGAUCAGCUCCACCGAUUGAAAGAAUACGAAUCAGCUGUAUACCAAUACAAGGCGCAUCUUGAAGAACUUGAGAAGAUUCACCAAGCUGUGCAAGAGGGAAUGAUCUUUGAAAAUAGGUAUACACAGUACACCAUGGAAACCCUUCGUGUUGGUUGGGAACAAUUAUUAACUUCCAUCAACCGCAACAUCAACGAGGUUGAGAACCAGAUUCUUACUCGGGACUCCAAGGGCAUUACGCAGGAUCAGUUGAACGAAUUCCGCAGCAGUUUCAACCACUUCGAUAAGAACAGGACGGGCAGACUUGCACCAGACGAAUUCAAAUCAUGCCUCGUCUCAUUGGGCUACUCAAUUGGUAAAGACAGGCAAGGUGAUAUUGAUUUCCAGCGUAUUCUCGCCAUAGUGGAUCCUAACAGCUCAGGCUUUGUACACUUUGAUGCGUUCUUGGACUUCAUGACACGUGAAUCCACUGAUACUGAUACUGCGGAGCAAGUCAUUGACAGCUUCCGCAUUUUAGCUGGCGACAAGCCAUACAUCCUGGCUGAUGAGUUGAGGAGAGAAUUGCCUCCUGAUCAGGCUGAGUACUGUAUCCAACGAAUGCCUCCAUACAAAGGAAUUAACGCCAUACCUGGAGCCUUGGACUAUCGCUCUUUCUCGACUGCUCUGUAUGGAGAGUCUGACCUAUAAGUCUUUGCCGUAAAGUAUACGAAAUUAUACCUUUUCCAUUCAGGCAUAUGAAUUGUGUGAAACGACAAACACCAUAUCAUAACGCAUACCAUCAUCUAGUUGUAACGAAUCUAUUCAGGUCUCUAUGAUGUAUCCAUAACCUAUAUAAAAUAUAUACUACAAUCUUAAAUAAUU